AUGAAUAGUUACACGACAUUACGAAAAAAUCGUGAAAAAUUCCGUCGUAAUUUAGUCGAAAUGAUAAUAGCACAAGAAUUGGAAGACAAUCCGGCAUCUGAAAUUAAUGAGGAGAAAGUAAUGAGCGCUGGGGUUAAAGACGAUUUAUUGAAAUAUUAUUAUUAUAUAAUGCAUGGCAUUGAUGAUGUUCACGUGGCUCCAAUAGAGCCGAAGUUGUUGGAAAAAAUUUUAAAUCUUGUGCCACGUGAGCGGAAAAAAAAAUUUAAGAGUAUUCUUAAUAAAGUUAUUGAUGAAAUUAAAGAAGACUAUGCGAUGGGGUUAAAAAAAUCUAUUGUUGAUUUUGUACUUCAAGAUCCGUUGAAAGAUGACUAUGGGGUUUAUGAAUCCAAGGGCGCGAAAAAAGGAAUUUUACCUGUCGAUUACGAUGAACCAAACAUAACUAAAUUUUUCAGUUGUCUCGCUUAUAUUAUGAAAAGUCAAUUACGUUGUCUUUGUUUAUCAUCAAUGGAAGAUUAUCUCAAUUUUCUUUGUAAACUCGCUUUUAUACCAUGCAGCUUCAAAAUAAAUUUGGUUGUAAGAAGUAAAACAAUCGGAUUUGAUCCAUCUUUCAAGGCUUUUACGGAUACAUUACUGCUACUAUUGACCUCGUUGUACAAAGCUGUUUGUGGAUAUCCAUGUAUUGAAAGAAAACUUUACAGUAGUUAUAUUUCAUCAGAGAAUUCAUUGAAACCAAUAAUACACGCUGAAGUUCUUGAACGCUAUGAAAAUCAAAUCGUAGAAUUAAUACAAGAACAUCGAAUCGGUCCUGAGCUUCAAGUUCAACAAUUUGAUAAAUAUAUCAGUCUGAUAAAUAAUACUGACGAAGAAUUCGUUACAAGUUUUUUGAAUGCCGAAGUACCAAAAAGUUUUUCUGAAUACGCAGAAUUGAUUGAAAAAUAUGACCAACUUGGAAAAAAUAUUCCCAUUGAAUUCGAUCGAACAUUUUUUGUUGGUCUUUUUGAUGUUCAUCGUGAUGAUUUGAUGGAUUACAUGGCCAAGUCAGCAAAUAUGUUAAAGAGUAGUUUGAUUGAUAGAAUGAUUGAUGAUUAUCAAUUAAAAUCACGAACAAUCGGUGAAGAUUAUGAGAGCAUUGCGGAAAAAGCUCUAGGUACACCGGCGACAACAAGGGAACUAAUGGAUUUGAAAGCUUUCGUUGUAAGAGCUGAAACGGAAAUGAUUAUUGACUUGGAAAAUCGUCUAAGAGAAGUUAUAAAAUACGUACAAUUUUUAUCUGAUUAUACUCUUCUUACUUCUGUUGAAUUAAAAACAAAUAACUUUGCAUUUCAAUGGUAUCACAAAAUGCCAGGAAUAUUUGAGGAACAUAGAAAAAUAGUUGAAGCUAAAACUGGUGAAUAUCAAGAAGCUUUAUUAGGAAGAAUUGAAAAAUUUAAACAGGAUUUAAAAAUAUGGGAGAAAUAUUGUGACGAAAUGCAGUACUGGGGAAGUAUUGAUGAGAUAUUUCGGUAUCGUAAAAAAGCAACAAACUUAGAAAAUCGUCUUGUAGCAGCUAUGAAUACCAUAGACGAGUUUAAUGAAGAGGAACAGAUGUUCGGGUGGCAGAUGUCACAAUAUCCGUUACGAAAGAAGAUUGCUGAUAAAUUGUCCCCUUAUAAAAAAUUUUAUGACAUUGCUUGUGACUUUAUUUCACAACACGAAAUGUGGAUGGGUUCAAUGAUUGGAAGUCAUGAUCCAGAAACAAUUGAAAAUGAUUCCGGUGCUGCUUACCGCAGUGUGAUGAAAUUAGAAAAGUCAUUUCAAGAACUUACAGUCCGUAAACUUGCCGAGGUUGUCAAAAUAAAAAUAGAAGAAUUUCGUGAGCACAUGCCACUAAUUUCAAAUUUAGGAAAUCCAGGAAUGAAAAGUCGUCACUGGACCCAAGUUUCAGAGAUCGUUGGGUUCCCAAUAAAAGUUGAUGAAAGCAUGACAUUAGCGCGGAUCAUAGACUUUGGUCUAGAUGACUACGUACCGAAAUUCGAAGGAAUAUCAGAAGCGGCGACUAAAGAAAGUAAUUUAGAAAAAGCACUCUUAAAAAUGCAUGCAGAUUGGACUAGUGUUGAAUUUACUGUUAACCCAUACAGAGAUACUGGUACAUAUGUUAUCGCUAGUAUUGAUGAAAUACAAUUGCAAUUAGAUGAUCAUUUAACCAAAGCUCAAACUAUGAAAAAUUCACUUUAUAUUAAACCAUUUGAAAAAGAAACAUUAGAAUGGGAAGCUAAACUAUAUUUAUUGCAAGAUAUUAUGGAUUAUUGGUUAAAAGUUCAAGCAACCUGGAUGUAUUUAGAGCCAAUAUUUUCAUCACCAGAUAUUCAACAACAAAUGCCUGAAGAAGGACGUCGUUUUAGUGCCGUUGAUAAAAUCUGGAGAGAUAUUAUGAGUUCAGUAAUGAACGAUCCCAAAGUAAUGUCAGUUGUUGAAAUAGAUAAAAUGUUAGAUCGUUUGAAAAAAUGCACUGGACUUUUGGAUUUAAUUCAAAAAGGUCUGAAUGAUUAUUUAGAAAAAAAACGUUUAUUUUUCCCACGUUUUUUCUUCCUGUCAAAUGAUGAAUUGUUGGAAAUUUUAUCUGAAACUAAAGACCCAACACGAGUCCAACCACAUUUGAAAAAAUGUUUUGAGGGAAUCGCAAAGUUAGCUUUCACUGAAUCAAUGGAAAUAACGACAAUGGAAUCAUCUGAAGGGGAAACUAUUGUCCUGGAAGAUAAAAUAGAUACCGCAAGUGCACGUGGGCAAGUAGAAAAAUGGCUUGUUGAGCUUGAAAUCGAUAUGAAGAAGAGUGUCAGAGCUCAAGUUGUCAAUGCUAAAGAAGCAUAUUUGACAAAGGAGAGAACUCAGUGGGUCCUCGACUGGCCUGGACAAACAGUUCUGUGUAUAGGCCAACUUUACUGGACUGCAAAUGUCACUUCAGCCUUUCUCCAGGGUCUAGAUGCACUGAAUGCUUAUGUUGACACUUGUAAUACGGAAUUAAAUCAUAUUGUUGAGCUAGUACGUGGUAAAUUAUCUAAACAAAACCGUACAACACUCGAAGCUCUAAUUACGUUGGACGUACACGCAAGAGAUGUUUUAGUCGAGUUGUGGGAAAAAGAAGUCACGAAAGACACAGAUUUUAAAUGGCUAUGUCAAUUACGUUACUACUGGAUGGAAGAAAACUUAAUUACUAUGAUGAUAAAUUCAUCAUUGAAUUACGGGUAUGAAUAUUUAGGAAAUACAUCUCGAUUAGUUAUUACUCCGUUGACUGACAGGUGUUAUCGAACGUUAUUUGGAGCACUGGCACUUCAUCUCGGUGGUGCACCAGAAGGUCCCGCGGGUACUGGAAAAACAGAAACAACUAAAGAUCUAGCAAAAGCUAUUGCUAAACAGUGCGUUGUUUUUAAUUGUUCUGAUGGUCUAGAUUACAUCGCUCUUGGAAAAUUUUUUAAAGGUUUAGCUUCAUCAGGCGCAUGGUCAUGUUUCGACGAGUUUAAUCGGAUUGAUUUAGAAGUACUGUCAGUAGUAGCACAACAAAUUUUAACAAUUCAACGAGCAAUUAAUUCUAGUAAAUCAAUACUUGUAUUCGAGGAUACUGAAUUAAAAUUAGAUCCAACUUGUGCUAUUUUUAUAACAAUGAAUCCUGGAUAUGCCGGACGAUCAGAAUUACCCGAUAAUUUAAAAGCUCUUUUUCGUUCAGUUGCCAUGAUGGUACCAGAUUAUGGUUUAAUAGCAGAAAAUACUUUAUACUCAUAUGGUUUUUAUAAAGCACGUCAGCUGUCAAUAAAAAUAGUUAUGGCUUAUCAAUUAUGCUCAGAACAAUUAUCUAGUCAGAGUCACUAUGAUUAUGGAAUGAGAGCCGUUAAAUCUGUGCUAAUAGCUGCCGGAAAUCUUAAACUAAAAUAUCCGGAUGAAGAUGAAGAUAUUUUGAUGUUACGUAGUAUCAAAGAUGUUAAUCUUCCGAAAUUUUUAAAUCAUGAUCUACCUUUAUUUAACGCAAUUGCGUCAGAUCUUUUUCCAAAUAUUACUCUACCGAAAUCAGAUUACACUGAACUUGAUGAAUGCAUUUUAGAAGCAUGCAAUCAACUUAAUGUACAAUGCGUUACAUUGUUUUUAGAAAAAAUUCAUCAAAUAUAUGAAAUGAUGAUUGUUAGACACGGUUUUAUGAUUGUUGGGUUACCAUUCAGUGGAAAAACUACAGCUUAUAAAGUAUUGGCAUUAGCGCUUGAAUUUUGUGAACAAAAAAAUUUAUUAAACGAACAUAAAGUUGAAGUUUCAAUAAUAAACCCAAAAUCAAUAACGAUGGGUGAACUGUAUGGUCAAUUUGACCCAGUAUCUCAUGAAUGGAGUGACGGAAUUCUGGCAAUUAAUUAUCGAAUAUUCGCAACGUCGCCAAAUGAAAAUCGUAAGUGGCUUGUGUUUGAUGGACCUGUUGACGCAGUAUGGAUCGAAAAUAUGAACACCGUGUUGGACGACAAUAAAAAAUUGUGUCUUAUGAGUGGUGAAAUAAUCCAAUUAGCACAAACGACAAAUUUAAUAUUUGAGCCGAUGGAUCUCGAAGCUGCUUCUCCGGCGACUGUUUCACGCUGUGGCAUGAUUUAUAUGGAGCCAUUUGCUCUUGGCUGGGAGCCUCUACUAAAAUCCUGGAUUGGAACGCUACCGGAAAAGCUUGGAGACUAUUUGAAACAAUUUUUGUAUGAGUCAUUGUUCAUGAGAUUUUGCAAGCCACUGUUUCACCUAAUUCGCCAUGGAGGAUUCAAAAUAAUGUGUACGGAGUCAAAUAUUUUGAGAUCAAUUACUUAUUUAAUGGACUGUUUUGUUGAUGAUUAUCGUGUUGAGAUUGAUGAAAAGGAAAGUGGUACACCCAGUGCUAAGCUUAGUGAUUUAGAUCUUCGAGCACAAGUAGAGGGUUCAUUUUUUUUCUCAUGCAUUUGGGCGAUGGGUGGUACACUCGAAUCCAAAGCUCGUGAACAAUUCAGCCUUCUUUUCCGCGGCCUACUAGAAAAAGAAUUUCCUCUUAAUCUUGAGGAACUUUUUAAUCUCGAGAGAAUAUCCCCGCCUGCAAAACCAUAUAUCUUCAUAAUGCCAAAAGACGGCCUUGUCUUCGACUACAGAUUUAUAAAAGAGGGUAAGGGCAAGUGGAAACUUUGGUCCGACGAAUUGUUAAAUGCGCCGCCCAUUCCAAGAGACAUUCCAGUAAAUCAAAUAAUUGUUCCAACAGUCGAGACAAUAAGAUACACAACUUUGUUUCAAUUACUAGUCCAACAUUCUAAGCCUGUGCUGUUAAUUGGACCCACCGGAACUGGAAAAUCUGUUUACAUAACCGACUUCCUAUUGAAGAGAAAUGACACGACAAUUUUUAAGCCUCUUUUAAUAAAUUUUUCUGCGCAAACAUCAGCAAGUCAAGUUCAAGAAAUAAUAAUGAGUAAAUUAGAUAAGCGUCGAAAAGGUGUCUACGGACCACCGAUUGGUAAACGUUGGGUCGUAUUUGUCGAUGACGUUUCAAUGCCGUUAAAAGAAGUAUAUGGCGCCCAACCUCCUAUUGAAUUGUUACGUCAACUUUUAGAUCAUUCCCAAUGGUAUGAUAAAAAAGAAAAUACUCCAGUCAAACUAAUUGAAGUACAACUAAUCUGCGCAAUGGGUACUCCUGAAAAUGGGGGAAGAGACGUAACACCGAGAUUCAAAAGACAUUUUUUCACUUUAUCAAUAUCCGAAUUUGAAAAUCAAGUUAUGAUUAUGAUAUUUAGUAAAAUUAUUCUCUGGCAUUUAGAUACGAGAGGUUUCAGUAAAGAAUUUGAUCCAUGUAUAAAUCAAAUUGUUUUGGCAACGCUUGAUGUUUAUCAAGAAAGCUUGAAAAAUUUAUUGCCGACACCUUCAAAGUCACACUACCUCUUCAAUUUACGAGAUUUUUCACGAGUUAUACAAGGUGUUCUAUUAUCAGUACCAGAGUCGAUGCCAACUUUGGCAUGUAUGAAGAGACUUUGGGUUCAUGAAAUCCUACGAGUGUUUGGCGAUCGAUUGAUUGAUGAACAAGAUACCACUUGGUUAAUUCACCAGCUACGUUCUACAGUUGAGAGGCACAUGGAAGCAAGCUUUGAUGCUCUAUUUGAAGAUUUAGCUGGAGACUCAAACGACCCAAUUGGUGAAAAAGAAUUGAGAAAACUUCUCUAUUGUGAUUUUAUUGAUCCUAAAGCAGACGUAAGAUUGUACAGAGAAAUUCAGGAUUUAGAAUUAUUGAAGUCAAUUGUUGAGGGUUAUUUAAUUGAAUAUAAUUCAAUGACGAAAAAACCUAUGAAUUUAGUACUCUUUAGAUUUGCAAUAGAGCAUAUAUCAAAAAUGGCACGAAUAAUAAAGCAGCCACGAAGUCAUGCUCUGAUUGUUGGAGUAGGUGGCUCAGGAAGACAAUCCUUGACCCGAUUGUCAUCUCACAUAUGUGGAUACGAGCUUUCCCAAGUAGAGUUAACCAAAAAUUAUGGAACCCAUGAAUGGCAUGAAGAUCUUAAAAAAAUUCUUAAGAAAGCAACUGCCGGAGAAUUGAGUUCGACAUUUUUGUUUGCCGAUAGUCAAAUAAAAAAUGAAAGUUUUCUUGAAGACAUCAGUAACAUGUUAAAUUCUGGCGAGGUUCCAAAUUUGUUUAAUAAUGAAGAAAAAGCAGAGAUAUGUGAAAAAAUGCGAAUGAUCGAUCGUCAACGUGAACGUGCAAUGCAAACAGACGGUAGUCUCGUAGCUUUAUUCAAUUUAUUUGUACAAAUAGCACGAGAUCAACUGCAUAUUGUUGUUGCAAUGUCACCAAUUGGUAAUGGAUUUCGUAAUAGAAUACGAACUUUUCCAGCUCUCGUAAAUUGCUGUACUAUCGAUUGGCUUCAGCCUUGGCCAGAAGAUGCAUUAUUGGCAGUAGCAACGCGAUUUUUAAGUGAAAUUCAAUUGACAGAUCAUGAGCGCAGCACAGGAAUUGAAAUGUGUCAAUUUUUUCACAUAUCAACUCAACUAUUAACGGAUGAACUUUAUACGAGAUUAAAAAGAUACAAUUAUGUCACUCCAACGUCAUAUUUAGAGAUGAUCAAUACAUUUAAAGAACUGUUGAAUAAUAAACGAAAAGAAAUUACUCUGGCAAAAAAUCGUUACGAGGGUGGAAUUGGUCGUUUAGAUUCAACGCGGACACAAGUUAGUGAAAUGCAAGAAACUUUGAAAGAAUUGCAGCCAAUGUUAGUGACAGCUGCGCAAGAUGUACAGAAAACUGUUGCUAAUGUUGAGAAAGAGAGCUCCGAAGUUGCUGAAGUUGAGAAGAUUGUUAAAGUUGAUGAGGAAGCUGCUUUAAAAGUAGCUGCUGCAGCUGAAGAAAUAAAAACUGAAUGCGAUGAUAAUUUAUCAGCAGCAAUGCCGAUAUUAAAUGAAGCGCAAACGGCAUUAAAUACAUUGACGACUACUGAUAUUGCUGUCGUAAGAUCGAUGAAAAAUCCGCCGGCUAAUGUUAAACUUGUUAUGGAAAGUAUUUGCAUUUUAAAGGAAAUAAAACCCGACAAAGCACAAACAGCAGAGGGAAAAUCUUACGACGACUAUUGGAAAGCUUCUUUGAAAAUUUUAGCUGACGUUAAGUUUCUAGAUUCAUUGGUACACUUCGAUAAAGACAAUAUACCUGACCAGGUAAUCGAUAAAAUACGUCGUGAGUAUCUCGCAAAUCCAAACUUUGAUCCAGAUAAAGUUAAAGUUUCAUCUACCGCAUGUGAGGGUUUAUGUAAAUGGGUUUUCGCAAUGUCUGAGUACGAUAAAGUUGCUAAAGUUGUUGCUCCUAAGAAGAAAGCUUUAGCCGAGGCACAACAAGUUUACAAUGACGCGAUGGAUAAAUUGUCUGCUAAGCGAGCUCAAUUACGUGAAGUUCAGGCUAAAUUAGGAGCUUUGGAAGCUGACUUAGCAUCCAGAAAAUCAGAAUAUCAGAAAAUGAUUGACAAAGUAACAAAUUGUGAACAAAAAUUAAAACGCGCUGAAGAAUUAAUUGGUGGAUUAGGUGGCGAAUCAACUAGAUGGUCUCAAUGUACUAAAGAAUUAGGAGAAAAGUAUGAUAGUUUGACUGGUGAUAUUAUUAUUGCAUCUGGCGUAAUUGCUUAUUUAGGAGUAUUUACAACAUAUUAUCGUACUAAACAAAUAAAAUCAUGGGUUGAAAAAUGCAAAAGUUUAAAUGUUGUUUGCACAGAUGAUUUUUCUUUGAAAGAUGUACUAGGAGAUCCGGUACAAAUAAGAUCUUGGAGUAUUGCUGAGCUACCAAAUGAUUCAUUUUCUAUUGAAAACGGAAUAAUUAUUAAAAAUGCAAGAAGAUGGCCACUGAUGAUAGACCCGCAGAACCAAGCAAACAAGUGGAUUAAAAAUAUGGAAAAGUCUAAUAACAUGAGUAUAAUUCGACUCACUCAUCCGGAUUACGCGCGCGUUUUAGAAAAUGCGAUUCAGUUUGGCCAGCCAGUAUUGUUAGAAAAUGUGGGAGAGGAAUUGGACGCAAUGUUAGAGCCUGUGCUGCUUAAACAAACUUUUAAACAAGGCGGUGCUUUGUGCAUUAAAUUAGGAGACUCUGUUGUUGAGUAUAAUACGAAUUUUAGACUUUUUAUUACAACAAAGUUAAGUAAUCCACAUUAUUUACCAGAGAUAGCGGUCAAAGUUACUUUAAUUAACUUUGUUAUAACUUCAAAUGGUCUUGAAGACCAAUUACUUGGAAUUGUUGUGGCUAAAGAACGCCCGGAUUUAGAAUCAGAAAGAAAUUCAUUAAUCAUUCAAGGGGCUGCUAAUAAGAAAUUAUUAAAAGAAACAGAAGAUAAAAUAUUAGAAAUAUUAUCUAUCUCUGAGGGUAAUAUUUUAGAUGACGAAGACGCUGUUACAGUUUUAACUUCAUCAAAAGUUCUUAGCAAUGAUAUUCAAGCGAAACAAACAGCUGCAGAAAUAACUGAAAAAUCAAUUAAUUCAACAAGACUUCAGUAUGCUUCGAUUGCUGAAUAUUCAGCAAUAUUAUUUUUUACAAUCGCUGUUCUGGCAAACAUCGAUCCAAUGUACCAGUACUCGUUGGCGUGGUUUGUAAAUUUAUUUAAAAUGUCAAUCGAUACUACCGGACAAUCUGAGAGUCUCGAGCUGCAUUUAAAAGAAUUGACCAAAAAUUUGACCCAUUCUUUGUACAUAAAUAUAUGCAGAUCACUGUUUGAAAAAGAUAAGCUGCUGUUUUCAAUGCUGCUGUCAAUUCAACUGAUGGAUAAAUUAAAAUCGAGUAUACCACCAGCUCAAUGGAUAUUUUUACUAACUGGAGGAGUAGGUCUUGACAAUCCUUUUCCAAACCCGUGUUCUUGGCUGCCGGCCAAACUGUGGGAUGAAUUGUGCCGUUUAGAUGACGUACCAGGGUUCAAAGGUAUCAAAGAGUCGUUUGAAAAUGAUAAUAAAUUUUGGAAAAAUAUAUUUGACUCGAAAGAACCACAUGUGGAAGCGAUACCUCCGCCUUUUGAUAAGCUUACAAAGUUUCAAAGACUCUUGAUAUUAAGAUGCUUGCGGCCAGACAAAAUAAUAUCAUGCGUGCAAAAUUUUGUACAAUCUGAAUUGGGACAAGAAUUUGUAGAUCCUCCACCAUUUGAUUUACAAUCUUCGUUCCACGAUUCAAAUUGCACGAUACCACUGAUAUUUAUUUUAACACCUGGAACAGAUCCAGCUCAAAUUCUACUUAAAUUUUCUGAUACCCAAGGUUUUGGAACCAACAGAAUGUUUUCACUUUCUUUGGGCCAAGGCCAAGGAUUAAUUGCAGAGCAAUUAAUAAAUGAUGGAGUCAGAUACGGACACUGGAUUGUCUUACAAAAUUGUCACUUGGCAAAAAGUUGGAUGGGAACACUAGAAAAAAUAUGCGAGGGAUUAUCCCCGGAUUCGAUACAUCCCGAUUUCCGCCUGUGGUUAACGAGCUAUCCGGUUAAUUAUUUUCCCGUCUCGGUGCUCCAGAACAGUGUUAAAAUAACUAACGAGCCGCCAAAAGGAUUACGUGCCAAUAUUAUACGAUCUUACUUGAGCGAUCCUAUAAGCGAUCCUGAAUUUUUUGAGUCAUGCAAACAAUCCGCGGUAUUCAAAAAAUUAUUGUACAGCCUCUGUUUCUUCCACGCAAUCGUUCAAGAGCGACGGAAAUUCGGAUCCGUCGGAUGGAAUACUGCUUAUGAAUUCAAUGAAACAGAUUUGCGUAUCAGUGUCCAACAGUUACAUAUUUUUUUGAAUCAAUACGAUGACGUACAAUUCGAAGCUUUGAAAUAUUUAACUGGAGAAUGUAAUUACGGUGGUCGAGUUACUGACAUUUGGGAUCGCAGAACAUUGAAAACUAUUUUAUCUAAAUAUUAUUGCCAAGAAAUAAUAACAGAAGAUAAAUAUUAUUUUGAUAAUACCAGUGAUAUUUAUUAUUGUCCUGAUGCCAAAGAAUAUAAUAUAUUUUUAGAGUACACCAAACAAUUACCAUUAAUAACUUCUCCGAGUGUAUUUGGUAUGAAUGACAACGCAGAUAUUAUUAAAGACCAACAAGAAACUGAUUUGUUAUUUUCAUCAUUAUUAUUAACUGAGACGGGAAAGUCGACGGGAAUAAAAGAAGCGACGUCUGACGAAAUAAUAAUAUCAGUAGCUACGGAUAUUUUAAGCAAAUUACCAGCCGACUUUGAUUUAAACAAAGCACUUGAAAAAUAUCCGACGUCAUACAACCAAAGUAUGAAUACUGUUUUAGUACAAGAGAUGGAUAGAUUCAAUAAAUUACUCAAUUGUAUAAGAACCAGUCUUAUUAAUGUCAAACGCGCAGUAAAAGGAUUCAUUGUAAUGUCAGUUGAGUUAGAAGAAGUAGCAGAUGCUAUUUUAAAAGGAAAAUUAUCGUCUUUAUGGAAGAGACACUCGUAUCCUUCACUUAAACCUUUGGGGAGUUACAUUAAUGACUUUGUACAGCGACUGAAAUUUUUACAAGAAUGGUAUGAAUCAGGAGCACCAAUAACAUUCUGGAUCGCUGGUUUUUAUUUUACCCAAGCGUUUUUAACCGGAGCAAGACAAAAUUAUGCUAGAAAAUAUCAUAUUCCUAUUGAUCUUUUGGCAUAUGAUUUUAUAGUACUCAAAGAAACCAAUUUUACAAAUGCUCCAGAUGAUGGAGUCUAUAUAAAUGGAUUAUUUUUAGAUGGCGCAAGAUUUAAUAGAGAUAAUAUGACUUUAGAUGAAAGUUUACCCAAAAUUCUUUAUGAUCAAGUUCCACAUAUCUGGUUGCUUCCAAAGAAACGCGAAGAUUUAGUAAGACAAGAGACUUAUUCAUGUCCUCUUUAUAAGACGAGUGAAAGAAAAGGCACUCUGUCGACAACAGGACAUUCAACUAAUUUUGUAAUAGCAAUAAAUUUACCUACGAAAAUCCCAGAAGAUCAUUGGAUCAUCAGAGGAGUGGCUAUGCUUUGUCAACUUAGUGAAUAA